AUGCUGAACUCCCAGUGGGGAAGGGCAGCAGCCAUUACUACAGCUCCAGGCCAUCAUUGUUCCCCGCUGGUGCUGGGAAACUGGACGGCUUGGACCCAAGAGAAAUAUGUCAGCAGCUGCCAGUCUGGAGGCGUUCCCACAGCUGUGCAGAACUCAGCGCAGCGCGCUGCUGUUGCGGCUGUUGCCGCUGCUGCUCCCCGGGCUGGGGCUGUUGCCCGCUACAAAUAAGCCUCCAGUGUUCGCAGCUCUCAUCUUGCCGUACAGCGCCUGCAGGCACCCCAGCCUGAGGUCCAAGUGCAGGGACAGGAGCCACUGACUACCUCCAUGCUGGCCGCAGCACACCCCCAGGAACAGAAGCAGAUGCUGGGAGAACGCUUGUUCCCACUCAUCCAAACAAUGCAUUCAAACCUGGCUGGGAAGAUCACGGGAAUGCUGCUGGAGAUCCACAACUCUGAGCUGCUGCACAUGUUAGAGUUCCCCGAGUCUCUCCACCCCAAGGUGGAUGAAGCUGUAGCAGUUCUACAGGCUCAUCAUGCCAAGAAAGAAGCUGCCCAGAAAGUGGGCGCUGUUGCUGCUGCUACCUCUUAGACAAGGAAAAACCGAUUCAAAAGCCAAAUAACCCCUCAUGGAGUUCAGCUCAAGGUUUGUAGACUUCCUAGCUUGUCCUGUGGACCUCAAAACCAAGAACUACAAAUUGCAAAUUU